GGGAAGAGCUCGAUGGGAUGCAGCAUUCGAGCGCUCUGGAUUCUCAACCAGCACCGCCAUGUCGUCUUCUCCAGGCGCUUCCCCACCGUGGAGAAGAAAUGGAAGAAUGCGCGAUCGAAGCACGGCGAUGGCAUCUGCUACUCGCUACCUUCCGAUGCGCAGCUCAUUCAAUCGUUUGUAGAGAGGAAAGAGAGAGAAGGCUCGUUUCGAGGACUUGCUACUCGUGAGGAUUAUUCCCAGCCUGGCUCCGACUCUUGGGUGGAUGAUCCGAUCACUCGCUCGAUCAUCAGCCUCCAGAUCCCAAAACCGGAUGAAAGUGGCGAGUUAUAUCUCUUGUGGCCGAUCGUGUUUCACAUCCGAGGACCUUUCCACAUUUUGGUUCUUCCGUCCGUGGAACCGCAUCAUCUGGCAACGUAUGAAAAUCUUUGCUGGCGAGCCGACUGUGGAGGGCCUGUUGCGAACGGGCAUAAUUCUCUUUCGUCGUUGCUUUUGGAUCUUCCAUCCAUCACGGGAGCUUUUUGUGUCGCGCAAACUUUGGGAGACUUGAUAGUUGGAGAAGCUUUAGAGCCAGAGAUCAACAUCAAUCCUUCGUCGACGAUGGGGGGACUGCUGGACAGUAUAACCGGAGGCAUUGGAAUAGCGAGCAUCACUGCUCGAGCCAAACCAGUUGCUGCUCCUGUGGCUGCGGCGGCCACUGCGAUAGCCGCUGGUGUUACUGGCGCUGCUCCUGCGGGAAUACUCGGGUCGACCACCACCAAGGGAAUCCUCAAAGCUUCGGACAAGGAAGCGUUGCUCGGUUUCAUCACAAGUGCCAUGCCUUUCGGCACUCCUCUUGAUCUUAAUCCCAUAACCAUCAACGCCAUCAAGGCAAAUGGCUUCUCUGCGCAAGAUAUACCACCACAGGAUCAGAAGCAACCAGCUUGGAAGCCAUACCUUUUCAAGUCCAAGCAGAAACUCGUGUUCGCUCUUCACGAGGUGGUCACGGCUGCCUUGUACGACAGGGACGACGUUGCUGAUGUUAUCACGCUCAAGGGCCAGCUGCUGUGUCGAGCAGACUUGGAAGGUCUACCAGACGUAAACGUCCAGCUCUCGUGUCCAAGCUCGGGUGAGAUCGACGGAGUAACAUUCCAUCCUUGUGCUCAAGCUCUCGAUCAUGGACCGGAUAAGCAGACAAUCACUUUCUCGCCACCUCUUGGGAACUUUGUGCUGGCCAAGUACAUGGCAACGCCAGCAUUCCGGCCACCUCUCCAAGGAUUCUAUCAGCUCUCCAUGGUUUCUGACGACGAGGGCGCUUUCUUGUUCCGGAUGAAGCUUUUGGAAGGCUACAAGGGCCCGAUAGUCAUGGAGCAGUGCUCCUUGAGCAUACCGUUCCACAGGAGGACAAUAGCUGCGCUGGAUGGAGCUCCUUCGAUGGGGACUGUGUCUAAUACGGACCACUCCAUUGAAUGGAAAAUCCUUGCGGGGCAUCGCAGCACAAUCUCGAAGAGCAUGGAGGUGACGUACUCUGGAACUGUCAAGUUUGCCCCCAGGGCCGUGGACACGAACCAGAGAGACACAGUUGGAUUCUCUGAUGACGACGAGAUUGACUGUGGCAACGAGAACAAGAUGGACAAGGCAGACAUGAAUCUUGUAGCUGCGAAGUGGGAGGAUCCGUUUUGCUGGGAAGCCUACAGCUACGCCAAGGCGUCUCUAAAACUCGUCGGUGGGACAAUGUCAGGAGUGUCUAUCGACACUAAAACGGUAGCGAUAUAUCCCACUGCUAAAGUCCCUUGCGAAGUUUCUUCCCAGAUAAUAUCUGGAGAGUACAUAUUUUGGAACUCCUUGGGAAGAUAUCCACAUGUUGCUCCAGCCUAGAAAGAAAGUGCGUGGCUUGCGCGAAUUUGAGCAGCAAAGUUCUGUCUGGUGGAGCUGGAGCUGGAGCUGACAAGUAGCAAAGUUUGUGAAAGCUACCAAACAGCCGCGAGUUUUAGAGCCCAACAACGACACUCGAAUCUCCACUCCAAUUUAUGAUCGCAGCAAUCGUCGCUCGCUCGCUCGCUCCAUCGCUCAAUUCUCUCUCUCUCGCCCCUCCUGAGCAGAGAGAAUGAAUGGCAUUGGAUGGGACUAUAAAUCCAACGUUUCGCCAUCAUGGUAUAUCACAAACAACACGAACAAGAGGAACUCUGAUAGAGAAAAUCCAAUCAACCAUGUGGGGUGAUUGUGUCUGGCAGGGAAGCUUGAUUUUGACACCGUAGCCUUUACCACGGGCGUUUCUACGUACAAACGCCCUUUGUCUACGUACGAACGCCCGAUGUCUACGUACGAACGCCCCCUGGCCGCGAGCGUUUCUACGUACAAGCGCUACUAGCUAUGGACAUUCUUGUGUGAUGAGGCCAGUGUGUGUGUUGACUAUAAUCCAUCCGGCCGAGAGUUUUCUUAAAA